UCUGAUUGGGCGCGAUUUUGACGUCACGUAAUUCGUCCAUUCCAGUCGGCGAAACAUUUACCCAGCAUCACCAGCAGCAUCAGCAGACGAAACGAUCGACUGUUCAUGAGAUGUACAGCUGACGUGAAGAUCAGUCCGUGACUGAUUAGAAGUGCUCCCAUCCAGGCUGGGGCUGUAUUGACUGAAAGUAUUCCUCUUUGCUUGCGCUAGAGUGCAUUGUACAGUUUGAAGUAUAGGCAUAAGGGAGGUCACGAUGUCCCGCUCGGCGGGAUCGUCGAGGCUUCCAGAGGUCAGUGACAAAGUAACGGAGAAUACCGCAAACAACAACAGUGGGCAGGUGAGUGGCCAUUCCCCCUAGCAAUAGCUGGCGGGGGAGGUGUCAUUGCUUGCGGAUCGAGUAAGUCAAGCGCCUGUCAGGUGGAAGUUAUCCCAUCGUCACACUCCUGCAGGAUAACUUGACUGCGAUGAUAGUUUCAAACGAUGAACUAAGAUCCACUACGACUAUCCAAUUCACACUCCAUAUUGACUCGAGCCGGACAAAACCUCUACAAUGAUGUCCUCCGCGUUAAAUGUCGAAACCCAAAUCGCAAACAUGGUUAAACAAGACCCGAGAUUUCUGACAAGUAGUAAUCGCUAUCGCAUACCCAUCCCACUAGAGCCCUUAAAGGACGGACCAUCCAUGGAUCCUAAGGAGAGAACAUUCUUAGAAGCAGCUGAAAGGGGAGACAAACACACGAUGAUCAGGUGCCUUCAACCACCGAAUCCGGUGAAUGUGAAUUGCACCAACAUUCUGGGUCGUAGUGCUAUUCAAAUAGCAGUCGACAACGAAAAUGUUGAAAUUGUUGAACUGUUGUUGCAACAGGAGAACGUGAAGAUAGGAGACGCCCUCCUGUAUGCUAUUCGUGAGGGUGUUUAUAAGAUUGUAGAGAUGCUUAUUAAUCAUCCGAGUAUCACGAGUGAAAUGUUGGCAAACGAUUGGGCGAAAACCAGACAACCAGGGGAAGAGAGUUCCGAUUAUUGUCCUGACAUAUCUCCUGUUAUAUUGGCUGCUCAUUGUAACCAAUUCGAAAUUCUUCAGCUUCUCCUGUCACGUGGGGCCACCAUAGAUAAUCCCCAUCCCCUGUCUUGUGGAUGUCAGAAAUGUCAAGAAGGCAUGCAUACGGAUAGUUUGCGUUAUUCUCUAAGACGAAUUCAUACUUAUCGAGCAUUGGCUAGCCCCGCCUGGAUGUCCCUCACUAGUGAAGAUCCAAUCCUUACAGCUUUUAGGUUAUCUUGGGAACUGGAGCAUCUGGCACAGCGGGAGAACGAAUUUAAGGAAAUUUAUCUGGAACUCAGUAAUCAGUGUAAAAAAUAUUCUUGCGAUUUGUUAGAUCUUUGUAGAAGUACGGAAGAAGUUAUCGCUGUGCUGAAUAAGAAAACCGAUUCGGACUCAGAGGACGAAAAUGAAGAAGAUCCAGAGAAACUUACCCUAUCGAGAUUAAAGCUUGCCCUUAAAUACGAACAGAAACAGUUUGUAGCUCAUCCCAAUUGCCAACAAUUACUAACGUCGAUUUGGUACGAAGGUCUACCGGUGUGGAGACGUAGGAACUGCGUGAUGAAAAUCUUGUUAUGUUGUGGGUUGAUUGCUUGUAUGCCUGUCAUAGCGCUUUACUACCUCAUCUUCCCACGUUCGAAACUGGGAAAGGUUAUCCGAUCACCAUUUAUGAAGUUUAUUUACCACAGUGCCUCUUUUGGAUUUUUCCUGCUCCUAUUGGUGCUGGCUUCUACUAGAACGGAGGGAACCGAACGAACGUUGCAAAACAUUCGUGGUCCUUCUCCUUCUUUUGUAGAAUGGCUCAUUUUUUUCUGGGUAACAGGUAUGGUGUGGGCAGAGUGCAAGCAAUUAUGGGAAGAAGGACUCAAAGCAUAUGUCCGCCAAUGGUGGAAUUGGUUGGACUUCAUCAUGCUGUCUCUCUACCUUGCUACAUUUUCACUAAAAGCCGUCGCAUAUUUCCAAAUCCAAAGCGAGAAAUACGGUCCUCGAGUGCUCGAAAGACCUCGUUGGCCUGACAACGAUCCCACCCUCAUCGCCGAGGGCGUGUUCGCCGUGGCCAACGUAUUUAGUUUCGCAAGAAUUAUCUACCUAUUUCAGACGAACCCUCACCUUGGUCCCCUCCAAAUAUCACUCGGUUGUAUGAUAAUCGACAUUGCCAAGUUUCUCUUCAUCUUCUUCCUCGUCCUCACGUCCUUCGCUUGUGGUUUGAACCAGCUGUACUGGUAUUACGACUCGAGCACGAAGCACUGUGAGACCAAGGUGAUUAAGGGUGAAAACGUUACUUUAAAUUGCCAGAGCAAUCCCGAUUCUUUCAUGACUAUGGAUGCUAGUUACAUGGCACUACUCUGGUCCCUCUUUGGCGUGAUUCCCAUCAAAGAUGUUGAAUCUAGAGAGGACCAAAAGUUUACCAAAUGGGUAGGAUAUUCACUGCUCGGUGCCUACAUGAUUAUGGCUAUGACUCUAAUGAUUAAUAUGCUCGUUGCCAUGAUGAGCAGAUCGUUUGAGGAUAUCGAGGAUCACGCAGACAGAGAAUGGAAAUUUGCCCGAUCCAAACUAUGGAUGGGCUAUUUCGAUGAAGGGUGCACUCUUCCACCACCUUUCAACAUUAUCAUCAGUCCUAAAUCGAUAUUCUACUUUUUGAAAGGAACGAAACGUCUUCUGAUGCUUCUCUGUCCCAGCAGUAAGUCUUGGUUUGGACGCAAGUCUUUCGAUAAAGCAAAUAUUAAACCCGAAACAAUCAAUCCAAUGUAUCUGGGUGACAUAGUCACUUCUAAGCCUCCAAAUCAAAACGGAACAACUCCUCAUCUUGGAAAUUCUAUAACCAGUAGUAAAAUAAUUUAUCAGGAGGUCAUGAAGAGACUUGUAAGCCGAUACAUUCACCAAACCAAGAAACAGCUGAGGCAGGAUGGUGUCAACGAAGACGACCUCUUAGAGAUAAAACAAGAUAUUUCUAGUUUGAGGUACGAACUUCGUGAAGACAGAAAACGUGAAGCUGCUAGAAAUACCGGACAAAUCGAUGGUAUUAAACGUGAUAUAAUUCGUUCUUUACGAGGAAAUCAAGUGUGGACCGGCCAGAUCCCACCUCCACCUCCUAUUCCACCUCCAGUGUGCCACAGUCCCAAUUUACCCCCUUCAGAACUUCCGAGUCCAGGAAGUGCCGGAUUUCUUUCACCACAUGAAUUGGAUUAUUUAAAAAGAGAUAUUAUUGCGAGUGUGAGAGAAGAAUUACGUAAUAUGAUGCGUGAACUUCAACAGCAUUUAAGGCCUCCGUCGGCUGCAUCUCUUGGUCCGACUGCUCCUCCUCCAAUGAACUCUGAACUGUAUCACACUCACCUAUAUACCGAACUCUGACGAGAGGUGUGAUCUUGUAUAUAUAUUGUCUUUUUUAUAAAUGCUGCAAGCUAUUUACUGUACAUAAGAUACUCAACUAGGAUCGAUUGCUGGUUGUAUGGGAACAGCUGGAGGUGACAAAGCAAUAUAAUUUGUCAGUACUGUAGAUUCAGUAGUCUGCAACAUGCCCGUCUUCCAGAAUCUUGACAGUUUUACCGCCUCGAUGUUCUUUUCCUCGUUUUGAAAUAAAAGCGAUAUUUCUUAAUGUCAUAAUUGUUUUAAAUAGAGGAAAUAUAAAACAGGCGAGUAAAUGCCAAAUUUUAUAGAUGGUAACUUGUCUCUGUUGUAACAUUGAUUUCUAUUAAAAGAAAUAUCGUUAUUUCAUUCUCAUCCCAACAGCAAUAAUGCCGACAAGUCUUAUACUUGCGAAUAUCUCCCAAGAUGAGACGACAAAUCGACGUCCAAUUGUGGAGAAGUAUAAUUUUCUAUGCAACUUCUAUUUACAAGUGAGAAGUUAUAGAACCUCAUAAAUAUAUCUUUGCACUGUAGAUAUGAAAUUCCGACUUUUACUUGCACUGUAUUGAUGCCCUUGGAAAAACAAUGUGAAUGAAAAUAGCAUUAGUUUCAAGAUCUAAAACCAGAUUGUAUAUACAUAUAUAUACAAUAAUAAAAAAAUAUAUAUGUAUAGUAUAUAUAUAUAUAAAAUAAUACAUAUUUUUAAUGGACUGCCAAUUCCUGCCCGGUGUUGUAUCACCGUAUUUAAGAUGGGAUACGAUAUGUGCCUGUUUGCAAAAAUUUGAGCUAGAAAUAAUAUUUCUAGAACUGAAAGAACCCUAUAUUCUCGUAAAGGAAGCUGGAACGACUGUGAUGAUAGAACAAGUAUAAAAAUAUGUCGAUCGAUUAUUUUUUCCAUUUGUUAGAAAAAGCUUUCAAUGUGUUAAGUUUUCUCAUAGAAAUAAUUAUUUAUUUAUUCAUCAGAAGAAUAUUUACAAACGAAUUGAAAUAGUUUAAAAAUAAAUAUUAACAAGUUAAAAAAAAAAAUACGAUUCCUUUCCCUAGGAAGCUGUUUCAAAAACUUGUUCUUUCUUUAGGUACAAAUAAAAUAUAUAAACGAGUUACAUAUAUAAGCUUAGAUUCUAUGAAAUAAUAAAUUAUAUUUGUUUUCAUAUUGUUUCUGUUUAUUCCUCGUUUAGAAUCACAUCUUCAACAAAUGAUUCAAUGAAAUGUAGUAAUUGUGUAUGAAACACUGCCAU